GUGAUGGACGCGCGUGUUUGUGAACCAUAAAAAAUAUUGUGUUUCAAAAUAAUGUUCCAAAAAAAUAUUCGUAAACGAUUUCGACCGAAGUAAUCACAAUAAACUAGUUUGGUGGCUGAAAUGUACAAUAUCCUUCAGUAUACCAGUUCAGAUAGUGAGGAAGAUGACCAGACACGAACACAAGAUGCUUGUGUAUUUACCCAAGCGAUGACACCUGCUUCUCCGCCGGAACCGGAAAACGACACCUCUAGGCAUCAAGGAAGAAUACGGUCGUUUCCGCACGAGAGAGGUAUCUGGGCAAGCUAUGUUUACGUAGAUUAUAACGACAUCGAUGCAUUUAGUAACCUGCAGCUAGAAAUCAUUACAAAGGCAGCCAACGAUCUAAAUCUAGAACUGAAUAGAGUAGAUAAUAUGCAUAUGAGUCUUACAAAGACUUUCGUUUUAAGGCACCAUAAUAUACCUACAUUUGUAGAAAAUUUAAGAGCAGCCAUCCGCGGAAGCAAGAGGUUUACAAUCCUUCUAUCAGAGCUAGCUGUAUACACCAAUGCGGAGAACACCAGGACUUUUCUCGCUGCCAGAAUUCACGACAAUAGUUUCAAGCCGCUGGAGUUGCUAGUGGAAAAACUAGAUGCUUGUUUGGCAGAGUACAAAUUGCCUGAGUUCUACAAAGAUCCAUCCUUUCAUGUUAGUUUUCUGUGGACAUUAGGUAAUCAACGGAAGCUAUUAGAAGAUAAUCUGCAAGCAUUACAGCAAACUUUUGCGGCCAUCUACGAAGAAGAAUAUUGUGAAAUGAAUAUCAUGGUAAAGCAACUGCACCUGAAAUGCGGAAAUAAAUUUCACGAUUUUGAUUUAUUAUGAA